AUGGCCAAGCAGAGCAGUGAGGAGCCAGGGAUGGACACAGCAUCAGGGAUGGACACAGCCCCGGGGAUGGACACGGCCCCGGGGAUGGACACGGCCCCAGGUGCGGACACGGCCCCGGGGAUGGACCCAGACCUGCAGCCCAGGACCAGGAGGUGUGACAGUGACUGCCUUGCUCCUCGCAGAGGGCAGGACGUGGUGCUGGCAGCGUGGAUGAGGAGGGCUCUGCCCAGCUCCUACCAACAGCUCCUGCCUGCGGGCCCGGAGCCUCGGAGCCAGAAAAAGGCAUCCACAUGCUGCACUCGGACAGCGCUGAGCCUCUACCUGCUGCUGCUGACGGCCGGCCAGGGGCUGCUCAUGUACAAAGUGUUUAAGAUGCAGAGAGAGAUAUUGGAACUUCAGGAGCAAAAUGCCUCCUAUACAGAAGAGAUUCUGCAGCGUUCCUCUGCCAGCCAUCUGGCCUUGUCGAGAAGCCCCACUUGGAAGAACUUUCUCAUGGGACAAGAAGCAAGCUGGAGGAGAAGCUUAGAAGAGGAAAUCACCAUAAUUAAAAGCAACAAUGCAAACCUGAUGAUGAGGAUGAGCAACAUCACCCUGGUUGCAGGGCCUCCUGGACGCAAAGGAGAUCCUGGAGUACCAGGGUUACGGGGACCACCAGGGACAAAGGGAGACCGAGGCACAGAUGGAGCCCAGGGGGAGAAGGGCAGCAAGGGAGCUCCUGGCCCUGCUGGCCCAAGUGGUGGUCCAGGAGUGAAAGGAGAAAAAGGAGAGAUGGGGCUUGCAGGUCCCCAAGGACAGAAAGGUGACAAGGGCGAGAAGGGAGACCCCGGAUUCCCAGGAAUCAUGGGUCCUAAGGGUGAGCAGGGAUUGCCAGGAGCGCCAGGUGCCCAGGGGAGCCCCGGGAAGCCUGGACUGCCUGGGCAGAAAGGAGAGGCAGGUGCAGCUGGACAGCUUGGACCUCCUGGAAGUCCUGGCCCUGAAGGCAGACCUGGUCAGAAAGGGGAAAAGGGGGACCAGGGCCCCAAAGGCAGCCCAGGAGCACAAGGCAUUGCUGGACUCAAAGGUGCACAGGGAGAACAAGGAAUAGCAGGACCUCCAGGGCAGAAGGGAGCAAAGGGAGACCAGGGCCCAGCAGGCACCCCAGGCCCAGCUGGUCAAAAAGGAUCCAAGGGGGAUUAUGGCUCUAAGGGUCAGAAAGGAGAACCAGGACUAAAAGGAGCCAAGGGAGAGACUGGAUUUACUGGUUCCCCAGGACUGAAAGGGAGCAAAGGGGAAAAAGGACAAGCUGGCCUUGUCAAUUACAUACGAAUCGCGGGUGGAGGCAGGAGGGGCCGUGUGGAGAUCUUCCACGGAGGGUCCUGGGGAACCAUCUGCGACGACGGCUGGUCCCUGCGCGAGGCCGGCGUCGUCUGCCGCAUGCUGGGGUUCAGCCGGGCUGUCUCCUUCUUCACAGCCCCAGCAGGUACCGGACAAAUUUGGCUUGAUGAUGUGACUUGCACAGGGAGUGAAAUGUCAAUUACGGACUGUAGAAAGCGCAACUGGGGUGAAAAUAACUGCAGCCACAAUGAGGAUGUUGGGGUGGAAUGUUCUUGAUGGGACAUCGAGUCUGUCCUGGGAGCUGCCUCUGCCUCUGCCCUCCAUGGAGCUCCUCUUCAU